UGUUAGAAAGCAGGCUGAUACACGCGAGCUCGCAUUCAUGUGCAGUCUGUCAGAAAGUAGCUUGUCGACAGACCCUUGGGCUACCUUUUAGUCUAGGGUCGUGUGCCUCAACCCUCUACUUGUCUACUGCCUCACUGGACCUCCAACUUCAUCUCUGCUCCCUGGCCACCGCCGACGACCAGUGAAGUGUGGGAAUGAUUGUGUGACACUUAAUGACACAUUUUGAGUUAGGAAGGAGGCGAGAGCGUUAAGAAGACGGAAGGGGGUGCGAGUGGGAGGACCUGUCCAGGGAACGGCGGCUGACCGGAGUAGGAGGGAUCGCCGCUUGCGGGGGACUGCUGACUGCCCACGUGUUUGUGCUUGGCUACUGUCAGCGACCUUAAAGAAAACGGGAGAUGACUGAGUGUCCAAGUUGGGAAGAGAGAGAAAAGGUUGCUCUAAAGAACUAGGAAAACAAUGUUGUUUGGACGGUAUUAAAGAUUCAAGAGUAACUCCCAUGGUACUUAACCCUUUCGAGACCCCGUGUGACCUCGACUGAACCUAACCCCAGUGCCCGCUGAAACCUCGUAUUCAACCCUUGCUCCGCGACUCCAGCCAAGAUGUUCAACCUCUCCGAACUCGGGUCGUUGGAGACGUCGGCGAUGGCCUCGCCCGCGACCUCCCUGACCUCCACGACCGCCUCCAGCACGACCACCACCACCUCCAAGUCGGACGACCACGUGAAGCGGCCUAUGAACGCCUUCAUGGUGUGGUCUAGGAUCCAGAGAAGGAAGAUCGCGCUCGAGAACCCCAAGAUGCACAACUCGGAGAUCUCGAAGCGCCUCGGCUCGGAGUGGAAGCUGCUGACGGACUCCGAGAAGAGGCCGUUCAUCGACAGCCCAGCACAUGAGGGACUACCCGGACUACAAGUACCGGCCAAGGAGGAAGCCCAAGACGCUGAAGAAGGACGGAUAUCCCUACAGCUUCCCUUAUCUGCCCACCGCCCUCGACCCGCUCAGAAAAUCGAUGGGUUCCCGAAGCCUUAAAGAUGUCUCGACGUCCCGCCUGCGACAGAGUGACAUCGAAAUGACUGUUUAG